ACAGAAUGCCAGGACACCAAAUCCUCAACUGAGCCUGGCAGGAGGUCCAUGUGCCUCAGAAUUCAAAACAGUCACAAGCGACGCAACCGCCACAGAUAUAUCUACUGCUGUGGACCAGCAACAACCUGACAAAACAGAAGGAAUGACUAACAAAACUCACCUCAAGGAUACUCCAAACAUGUUAGAAAGUUCUUGUCAGGGGGACUCAACAGAUGAUGCCGUGAGCAUAGAGAAGAAUGAGACACAAACGCUGGUGGACAGACAUAAUGCGACGUUAGACACAGAGGCAAUGACAAAGAUGGGUGGUAACGUUGAAAUAAAGAAGAAAUUCUCUUUGGAAUCAGAAAAUGCUAAUUUACUUGAAAGACAGCCAUUCCAGGAGAUUAGAGUUUCAAAGGGUAAAGAUAAAGAGGAAGUUCAGACCCUAAGUAGUGCUAAAAUUAGAAAAAGUUGUGAAAAAGUUUGCAAAGAAAGUGCUGGAACUGUUCAACACAAAGAAAGUCCUGAUCCGGACAGAUUUGAGUAUUUGGACAAAGCUGAUUCUUUAUGUCUGGAGACUGUGACUAUGUGUCCACCAAUCCGCCAAUCACAUUCAAGUCGCCCGUGGCUCCGGAAUGCAAAUAAGCAGGAUAAUUUACAGGAGGACAAAAAUAUCAGUCCAGAUAUGUCAACAUGUAUUUUAAAAGAAAUACCUUAUGAUGCCUCUCAGACACAUUUUGCAGUAACACCCAAAGAAAACUUCAGAAAAGACAAAAGAAACCCAACUUUCCAUACACCAUUUUGGGGAAAAGAAGAGACAGUAGAUCCUGCAUGGGGUGAAAAUGAAGAUUUUGAUGGUGGUGAUGCCGCAAGAGUCACACAGAUGGCUUCUUUGAAACGGGAAAAAGAGCCUCUCUAUUUCACGGCUGUGAUCACACCACCACUUCAGAUUCAUACAUUUCCUGAUCAGGAGACGAGGAAGUCAUCUGACAUCUCUCAUAUGUAUGUUCCUCACACUGAAAUACAGAGCAUGAUCCCUGAUGUCUUACCCACAGACGCUCAGACAGAAAAAAAGGCCAAAAUCAAAGGACCACCACCACCUGUUCCAAAGAAACCAAAGAAUCCCUUUAAAAAAGCUGUUGGCCGCAAGGAAUCUGCUUCUCAUUCAAUAGACGAGCCGAGCGAAUAUUUGGACCUGCUGCUGAAAAAUAUCAAAAUGGGCAGAAGGCAGGAGGCACUGCAGUCCGCUGAGGAUUUUAAUGCCCAUGCAUCAUGUCUUGAUAUGUUGCCUUAUUAUGUUGAGCCCCCGUCCUACAUGUGCAUGUCCAUAGAGCCUGAGGCUGCUGAUAUUCCAAGAUAUUAUUUAGCCCCACACGAUGAAAUUGUUGAACCUGACUGCGAUAACUUGAUAGAAACUGUCGAUGAUAGAGAACUAAACGAAAUGGAUAUGUCUCAGCUGAGAAGCUUAUUAAAAAAAAGAGCAAAAAUAAAGGGCCCACCGCCACCUGUACCAAAGAAGCCUCAAAAUCCAUUUGCUAAAACAGACAUGGAAAAGAUACAAGCAAGCAAAGACUCAGUUUUGGAAAAUGUGGAACAUCCUUUGAAAUAUGGUAGACGUGACUCUGAAAGCUACAUGAUGGACAUUGAGGAUGAAGAAGACCCUAAACCCACUGCAGUCCCAACCAGAUAUCAUUACGCUGCCUGUAGAAUUCCAAGCAGUGAUUCUUCUGCUUCAGAAGAAAACGAAGUGUCCAGAUACAGACCUGUCUCCGAACUCAUCCGAGACAGCAACAAAAUCCAGAAGAAAGGUAUACAUCACAGCAGGACAAACAUAAUGGAAGCCAGGCCAGAUGUGGCUAUGGGAAGCCAGACUCAAAAAGUAUCGCAAAUGAAGACAGCCUUUCAUGUACAAACAUCUCCCCAUAAAAUGGAAAGAAGAUCCUCACCAAAGAAAGAAAUGAUCAGACGAGUGGUACGACAGAGUAAAUUCCGUCAUGUGUUUGGUCAGGCGGUAAAGAAUGACCAGUGCUAUGAUGACAUUAGGGUUUCGCGGGUUACCUGGGACAGUGCCUUCUGUGCAGUAAACCCCAAAUUUGUUGCUAUUAUUGUGGAGGCUAGUGGGGGUGGAGCUUUCCUUGUUCUACCUCUGCAAAAGACGGGUCGUAUUGACAAGGCCUAUCCCACUGUUUGUGGUCACACGGGCCCUGUGCUGGACAUCGACUGGUGCCCGAACAAUGAUCACGUCAUUGCCAGCGGCUCUGAAGACUGUACAGUAAUGGUGUGGCAAAUCCCUGAGAACGGCCUCACCUCAGCUCUUUCUGAGCCAGCCGUGGUGUUGGAGGGUCACUCUAAAAGGGUGGGCAUUGUGACGUGGCAUCCAACAGCUCGCAAUGUUCUGUUAAGUGCGGGAUGCGACAAUCUCAUCAUCGUUUGGAACGUGGGCACAGGAGAAGCUCUGAUCAACCUGGAGGACAUGCAUCCUGACGUGAUCUUCAGCGUUUGCUGGAGUCGCAACGGCAGCCUCAUUUGUACCGCAUGCAAGGAUAAGAAAGUGCGCGUUAUCGAUCCACGCAAGGGGAAGAUCACUGCGGAGAAGGAUAAGGCCCAUGAGGGGGCCCGGCCCAUGAGGGCCAUCUUUCUGGCUGAUGGAAACAUCUUCACCACCGGCUUCAGUCGUAUGAGUGAGCGGCAGCUAGCCUUAUGGAAUCCAAAAAACAUGGAAGAGCCGAUAUCAGUGCACGAAAUGGACACCAGCAAUGGAGUCUUGCUUCCCUUUUAUGACCCUGACACUAAUGUGGUCUACCUGUGUGGAAAGGGUGACAGCAGUAUCCGUUAUUUCGAGAUCACAGACGAGGCACCGUAUGUGCACUACCUCAACACGUUUUCCAGCAAGGAGCCCCAGAGAGGCAUGGGAUACAUGCCUAAAAGAGGCCUAGACGUCAACAAGUGCGAGAUAGCCAGGUUUUAUAAACUUCAUGAGAGAAAGUGUGAGCCAAUUAUCAUGACCGUCCCUAGAAAGUCAGACCUCUUCCAGGACGACCUCUAUCCGGACACAGCAGGUCCAGACCCGGCGCUAGAGGCUGAGGAGUGGUUUGAAGGCAAGAAUGGCGAACCAAUCCUGAUCUCGCUCAAACAUGGUUAUGUCCCGGGCAAGAACCGUGACCUCAAAGUAGUCAAGAAAAAUCUGCUGGAUAACAAGGCAACCAAGAAGGUGGAGGAGCCAGCAACUCCUCAGAAACCUGCCUCUCCUCAGCUAACCAGAAAGAAUGAAGUGAAGUUAGAGGAGCUGUUGCGAGAAGUCAAGUCCCUUAGAGAUCUGGUCACGCUGCAGGACAGGAGAAUCGCCAAACUGGAAGAGCAGGUGGCUAAAGUGGCAAUCUAAGACACUGGUGGUGGUCUGAGCCAUAGCGUCAGUAUGGAGAGAAAGAGAGAGAUUCAGGUGGGCAGGGGAGGUCAGUCACUGCCAAAAUUUCUCAAUUUGACUCGAUCAUUCCGCUUGGUGUUUCUCACAUGGACAACUUCAAGCAACAUUCCAAGAUGGACUUUUACUUUUUGUCAAGUCUCCCCCAAGCAUUCGCAUAACAGAAGCAAAAUUGUGGCAAAGAGCGGUCACUGGUUUUAACUGAUGUUUUACAUUUUGUUCAAAAUGUUCUUACUUUUUUAGUUAUUGUAACAUUGUUUCCAUGAGUAUUCUGAUAUUUACCAGUAUGUUACAGAGUGUCGUUGUAUAUACAAAUCAGUAUUUCUCUUUCCUUUUUUGUUGUGCUGCCAAAUUUGAGGUGAUGAUGGUCACCUCUCCUUUUAUUUCUACUUUUAUAUGUUUUUCCCAGUUGUAGAUAGUGGCUUAUUGAAAAACAUGAAUUUACAUGUCAUACUAUUCAAAGUGGGACAAAAGAAGAAAAGGCAGUAAUGUGUGAUUGUAAAGGCCAUUGGUACUUCAGAAACGAAUCAUUGGUGAUGAUAUGGAUAUGAUUUAAGGCUGGCCCACAUGAACAGAUUUUCAAAAUGUGAGAGACCACAAACAUGAUGAUAAAAAACUAUUAUAGAUUUAA